AUGGAGCACCCGCGCCCAAUGCUCCCGUCUCAGCGCUACUCGCCCUCCCCCGUUUACAGCUACGAUAGUAGACGAUGUACGCCGACGGGGAGGCAACCCUUGAAGGAGUCGACCGGCAAUGUCCAGUCUGCCGGCUCCCACCUGGGCAGCCUCGCAUCAUCCUGCCGCAAUAGCCCCUUGGGUCUUUUCUCUCCCAGCUUGACCAGCAUACCAACACCACCCAUUGUGCCGUCCCAAGCUGGGACUGGCUAUAGAAGCAGCAGCAGCCUGCGAAGACCAGAUGCCCUCCACAUGGCAAGACGGGCACGACCUGAUAUCAACCCUAUCUACUAUGCUCCCGAGUUUCGACCCUACCGGGACAAGCAGGAUCAGAAAGACCCCAAUGAGAAACAGAUCUGGCCUCGCGUUUUGGAAGAUGCCUUUCUCGACUCUCUGCUCAUCAUCCCUCACAUGGGAAGGAAGAAGUAUAGCAUGCAGGGAAAGCAGUUUGGGCGUAACAUGCUCAUCAGCGAGUACCUCUGGAUUGCAUACUGUUGCAGCUUGCAACCUGGACAGAAAGCAGAGGAGAGGAAGAGGAAGCAGGUAUCGAGUCACAUCCAAGUAGUCAAGAAGAUGUUUGAGAAGCAUCGAUGCUACCACUUCUUCUUCGUCAAGGACCCCGACAAAAGUGAGGCCCGGCUCAAGGACAACAUGGAGAUCGCCUCCUUCAAGGACAACCCGGUCCUGAUCGCCCUUGCUGAGGGUCGUCUUCCGGAUGUUCGUCCCAAUUAUGAGUACUUUGCCCAGAUCUUAGCCAUGGACUCACUCGUCGUCAUGAGACCCAAGACAGCCUGGAUCUUCGUAGCCUCCAACAACGUAAGAAUGGACGAGGACGGGGAGGCUUACGACCACCAUGGCAAGCCCCUUGACAAGAAUUACUACCCUCACUUGGAGAAGAACAUGCACAAGGAAGAUAGCACCUCCAGAGGCCUCAAUGGCAGCGUCCUCUUGCAUGAGUAUAACAAGGAGAUCUCUCAGAAGGAAUCUGCUGCCGUCACCGAACUGGCCCAAGAAUGGCAGGCCAAGUUCCCACCUCUCCAUAAGUCGCUUGAACACGCCAUCCACGACAACAAGUGGCUCGACAUCUUGGAGAUGACUGUUACACUGGAAAUUCACCCUCGUAGCAACUUCCCCGCCGGUUCGGAGCUCAACGGCUUCGUCGAGCUGAGCAUUUCUCUGCCCGCACUCCAGAACCACCGCUGGAAGUGCGUCACGAAGCUGGCGCGUCCGGAGGAGCUCCGCCGUGCUGAAAGUGACGCCUUCGUUGUCGAGCAGACGAGCGAGGUGGGCGUUCAGUACAUCCACCGACCCGGAUGCCAGGAGAGCAAGUUCGAGUGUGACUGUCGCAGCCGUCCCAGGCAGGACGUUCGAGUACCCUUCCCCGCGGCCGAGUGGGCCAGCAUCCUCAGCAUAUGUGCUGGCUACCUCGAUCCUGUUGAGAACAAGUCUAAGAUAGAGGACGACGACGAGAGGGCCAAGGUCGCGGAAGACGCCGCGCUCGAAGCCGAGCGAACCACGGCCGAAUUGAUCCAGCAGGUCGGCAUGUUCCAGGAGCUAUGGUCUGCCCCGCCCGACAACUCGGACCGCCGGGUGUGGACGCGCCGCGGUAUCAUCCUUUGGAAGUUCCGCACGAUCCACGCGUUUGACGACAAGUGGAAUCCUAUCUUCGAGAAGCCGGUGCCGCAAAAGGGCAGAAAGCCUACCGAUGAGGAUGGCGAAGAGCAGGGCACUUCGUCCCGACGCGGAGGUCGGUCGAAGCGGGUUUUCAACCCCGCCGGCACGACCUGGCGAUUCCUGACGGCCCUGGAUCCCGUUUCUUCAGCUCAUCAGCAGGAGGUGUGCAUCAACCCUGCGGCUGCUCCGGGCCGUGAUAUGCUCAUGGCCCCAACACCUCCCUACUCUCAUCACCUCGCUGCCGUUAUGAACGAUAAUCUGAGCUCGGCCUGGGAGUCCGUCUCCAUGCCUGGCCAGCUGCCUAGCCUCGCAUCUACCGGAACACUUGGGAUGAUGGACAACUUCUCACAUGGGCUGGCAACGCCUCCCCCAACGGCAUCAAUUCACUCAUCGUAUGCGAGCAGCUACGAUGGUAGCCACGAGCUGGCGAGCGGGCCGCACCACCAUCACCCUCAACUCGACUUCCUUGCCGGAGCCUGCACUAGCUCCAUGGACAACCAGAGCACUCUGGUUACCGACAUGGGCUCAGCCCCGGCCGAUCCUUUUCUGUCGGCAACAGCGGGCAUUCAAGUGUCAAACGGUGUCGGCGUCGGCGUGUAUGAUGAAGGGGAGGUCGAGGGGAUCUCCGAUUGGGAUACUGCGACGUCGUCCUUCCAUAGCCUCAACCACUGGAACGGCUGGAACGAGUCGUCGGACGCAAAGACACAGCAAUGGCAAAAUGAGAACCAGCGCAGCGCCGCCGCCAACGCCAACAUCUGGACCGAGGGCAAGGACCAUCAGACGUGGAACCAGCAGCCGUGGGCCCAAGCCGUCUCGGUAGUGGCUGCCGCCGCCGGCACGGACGGCAGAUCCGGCUGGUCACCUGUCGACCAACAGCGCGGGUUACCCUCGCUGGACCAGAUCAGCCCACUCAAGUCCAUGGCCGGAAGGAAGCGGGCCCGAUCCAACAGCCUCGACAUGGAGAACCGGGAGAACUAUCCCGCCACAGCAAUCCAGAAGCUGGUGCACCAUCGCGUGCCGGCGGCUGUGAUGGACGAGGGCGGCCACGGACAUCGGAAUUGGGAAUGA